UCUGAAAACCAAUAUGAGAGGGACUGGACACGAUCGCGAGACGUACGUUGCUCAGAAAGUGUGGUCAGGAGCGCUUGCUGAUCAUCGACUGCCGGCGCUACUUUUCGAACAGAUAUGAAGACCGACGGUUGGAUGUUGGCGUGCUUCCUCGUGCACUAUUCGCACUAUGAACGAGGCGUGGCUUUUCCAUAUGAGUCCGUCUCCUUGGCUUGGACAUAUUUGAAGUUGUCGAAGAACGCGGCAGCGUUCUCUCCACCAGCAUACUUCGGGACAUUUUCAGUCUCAGCACGGGAACAGCUGAAUCCGUGCGGUGAGGGGGUGUCGUCGCUGGCGCAAUACCAGUUGGGAGGACAGCAUGGAGGAGUGUCGCCGGUGGCGCAACACCAACUGGGAGGACAGCAACGGGGUGUGAAGGGAGGGCAGCAGGCAGGGGUGGUGUCGUCGCUGGCGCAAUACCAGCUGGGAGGACAGUAGGGAAGAAUGUCGUCACGGGCGCAAUGCCAGCUGGGGGGACAGCAAAGACAGCUGUGGAGGAGGAAUCUUUAGAAGUACGGCGGCGACACCCAUAUGCACGUGAUAAACGCUUUGUUCUUCUUGAUUGUUCUCGCGUUGUGGGGCGGAACAAUUCUCGCCCGUGCAGUCGGCACAUGGAAUUGUAGUGGUUGUUGUCGGGGGGAAGGACUGGUCACGGGGCUGCCUCAGAUUGAGCGAGACGGCGGGCGUUUUCCUCUUGGUGUACCCGGUGGCAGUGCCGAUCAGCAAUGCCGCAC